UCCAUUGAUUUGGGACGGUGCCUUCUCCACUAACCACUCCUUGUUGCUUUGUCCAGCGGUGAUGUCACAUAUUGAGGGGGAGAGUCCCGAACCCCAUGUUAACCAUUUGGUGUCUUUACAUAGAGGCGCGUUUGACCAACUGUCACUAAAUGCAUCAUCUUGGCUUCCUGUCCAAAUGUGCUUCCACGUGGACAAAGACCAAAAUACUGAUGUCAUCAUGCUUUUGUGUAGUUGGCAGCAGUUUUGACAGCUGCUGUGACUUAAAUGAGAGCAACAGAUCGUGUAACAUCUGUCUGAAGACAGCCUUUGAGGACCCUGAAGUGCGCAGCAGGCAUAUCGAUCAAAUGGCUUCCUCCGAUUGGCAACUAUCUGUGAAGCUGGUGGACCAGCCCAAAUCUAUCUUUCACUUCCCGGAGAUGAUGCCAGGAGACGUUGCACCCGGGGGGUACAGAGUCGCUACCCUAAAACAGCUGGUGGCGGCUCAGCUCCCCAAUUCCAUCCCUGAUCCUGACCUUAUAGAGCUGGUCCAUUGUGGGCGCAAACUUAAAGAUGAUCUCACGUUAGAUGCCUGCGGGAUUCUACCAGGAUCUACUUUACAUGUACUGAAAAAGACAUGGCCAGAACCUGAGAGCAUUGCAGAACCUGUCAACAGAGCCACUGCGGCUCGAGAGUUCCGAAUGCUCCACGCUGCCCUCCACUCUCUGCACUCCACCUAUAGAGACUCGGUCUACAAAAUGCUGACAAACAAGGAGUCUCUGGAUCAAAUCAUAGUGGCCACACCUGGUCUCAGGUCAGAUCCAGUGGCGCUAGGCGUGCUGCAAGACAAAGAUCUCUUUGUGCAGUUCACGGACCCCAACAUGUUGGACACACUCAUCAGUUCUCACCCUGCCCUCGUCAAUGCCAUCAUCCUGGUGCUGCACUCUGUGGCUGGAAGCAUGCCUGCCCAGUCCUCCGCCCCUUCGUCCCGCAACGUCUCCACCAGCUCCUACAGCGACAUGCCAGGAGGCUUCAUGUUCGAGGGCAUGUCCGACGAUGACGAAGAUUUCCAGUCCGGGAGCCCGGCGGGUCCGUCGAGCAGAGCAGGGUCCUCGGGGGGAAUACGACCGCUAUCGCUGAACCACAGCGGCGCCACAGGGCCUCGACCAAUCACACAGAGCGAGCUAGCCACGGCGCUAGCCCUCGCUAGCACGCCUGAAAGCAGCGCCGUGACUCCGACAACAGUAAGCCAGGCGGAGUCCUCGAGCGGCGCCGCCACCGUGCCAGCAGGGACGCCGGUCAGCAACGACCUCUUCAGCCAGGCGCUGCAGCAAGCCCUCCAGGCUUCCAACAUGUCCGCCCUGCAGGGUCGUUGGCAGUCCCAGAUGCAGCAGCUGAGAGACAUGGGCAUCCAGGAUGAGGAGUUGAUGCUGAGAGCUCUGCAGGCCACUGAUGGAGACAUCCAAGCGGCACUGGAACUCAUCUUUGCUGGAGGACCGGGACUCUGAGCGCAGACCCCCCACCUAUGGAUGAGGACUUUAUCAGAAAAAUGUUGAUUAUUAAAAAGGAGGAUGAGAAUUUCGAGUGCUUGUUAAAAUGCAGACGUGUCAUGUUUACAUGUUAGCUUCUUACUCUUUGACUGACAGCUGUAGUAAUAAAUGGAAAUAUAAGCUUU